AUGGCUGAAGUUAUUGCUAUCAACACUCAGUAUGUCGGCAUCGGCGCUGGUGGCUCAGUACCAAUGUUGGCCCGUGUCUCGUUUAUCGACUACCGCGGUCACGUGGUCUACGAUAAAUUCGUGAUUCCCAGCCAACCAGGCAAGUUCAAUCCCAACGUGCGGGUUUCUCAUCAGACUAAUCCCCAGCAUUUCAGCGGUCCAGAUGCGGUCUCUUUCAGUGACGCCCAAGCCAUGGCCGCACACUUGCUUCGCGGCCGGAUCGUCGUUGGUCACAGCCUCUGGCUCGAUCUCCAGGUUCUCGGUGUCAGUCACCCUGCCUGCGACACCCGUGACGUGGGGUUGUACCUGCCUUUCCGCUCAGCGCUCAAGACGCCCAACCAGGUCAUCGGCCUCCAGACCCUUGUAUGGCAGCUUAUGCGACGAAAGAUCCAGGAAGCUCACCAUAACCCGGUUGAGAAUGCGCGAGCUGCCAUGGACCUCUUCCGGAGCCAUGAGGCCGAAAAACUAUCGCGACCGGUCAAUGGCCAUGUGCACUGCCCCCCUCGUCCUACUCCCGAUGCUAUCUCUAAUCGAUUACAUAUUCUCGACGAGUCGGUCAUGAUUCCUUGCAGCGCUCGGAAUGAUUGCCUACUCGUUUAA